AUGGAUGAUAUUUUAUUGAAUAGAUAAAGACUGCAAGGAAUUAUAGACUACAAAAUUCGAAUUCAGGAUGAUAAUCAAAUUUACUAUUUUAUUCUAAAAAGAGAAAAACCUUCUAUUUUAUUUGAUAAUUAGAAUGCUUUUCAAGUAAAAUAAUAAUCUAAAGCAACUAUUAUUUUUAUUAUAUGUGCAAAGGGGUAGGAAAUAAAUGACUAAUUAUAAUAAGAUUAUGAAAAUUAAGAUGAAAAUUAUUGUUUUAAAGUUGCAUUCACCUUCUAAAAAUACACUCCGCAAAUAAAAAAAUUAUUAAUAAGAAUCGAUGGAAAAUAAAUAUGUUUAUAAAUCAUUUGUAUUUAAUGUGGAUAAAGUAUAAAAAGAUUAUUGCGUGUUUUGUACUAUUAAGGUAUAGAUGAAAUUGUUUUAUUCAAACUAAUUGGUGCUUGA